AUGGCUGAAACAAAACAACUUCGUCAUGUGGUCUUAUUUAAAUUCAAAGAAAAUACACCACCAGCUGAUAUAUCACAUAUAGAAGAUGAAUUUCGUACAUUAGCAACUGUUAAAAUUCCUGAAAUCAAAGCAUAUGAAUGGGGUACAAAUGUCAGCAAAGAAAAUCUUGAUCAUGGUUAUACACAUUGCUUUAUUUUAACAUUCGCCAAUGAACAAGAUCGUGAUAUGUAUAUCGAUCAUCCAGAUCAUAAGGCUUUUGUCGACAUUUUAAAACCACAUUUAGCUGAACCAACUGUAAUUGAUUUUUGGGUACAUCACUAA